GGAAGAAAACAAAGUAUCUUACGACAACAAUGUCUCUUUCACAUAGUUUCAUGUUUCUCUUCUCCAUCACACUCAUGAUUUCCACACAGUUAUUAACAACUGCAAAUGGAAUUUUCUCACAAGAAUCCAACAUCAUAUUACCCUCCGAAAAACAAAAAACAGAAAAAGUAACACACAUCCACUUCUACUACCAUGACAUCAGGAACAACGAAAACCCUACCAUGAUACAAAUCGUUGACACACCAAAAAACGUGGCUAAUGGAUUUGGUUCAGUUUUUAUGAUGGAUGAUGCAAUGACAGAAGGACCAGAGUUAAGUUCAAAGCGCAUAGGAAGAGCUCAAGGGCUAAUAGGUCUUUCUUCACUUCAUGAUAUCGCUGAGUUUUUGCUGAUAAAUUUAGUUUUUGAUGAAGGGAGUUAUGCUGGAAGCACUCUAAGCAUGUUGGGUCGGAACCCUAUUUCAAAACAAAAUAGAGAAACAAGUAUUGUUGGUGGAACUGGUGUUUUUAGGUUUGCUAGAGGCUUUUCUAUUGCAAAUAGUGUUAACUCCAUUUCUACACCUCAACAUUAUAUUGUUGAGUAUAACGUUACUGUUUAUCAUCCCUAGAAUAUUACUACUACAUGUGUACUACGAAUAAUGCUUUUGUUGUUUUGUUUGCUGCAUGUGUUUUUUGUUUUAGAUGUUCUCUCUUUAGUUUGCUGCAUGUGUCAUUUUCUUAUCUAGGCUCUUUGUUUAGGGAUAAGACUUAAGACCAUGCAUGCAAAGCUCCAUUAAUGGCAAUUUUUGUCUUUUUCUCGGUU